AUGGUUGCUCCAUACAAUGGCUACAUUCUGGCGACUGCUUGGGACAUGGCGGAGGCAAUUCUGAUGAGUAGAACUGGAUUUGAUGGACAAGUUGGUGGGGCCAAUAUGAUGAUUGUUACAAUCAAUGAUUACAUACUGGUGAGCAAUUGGGACAUGGCCACGGUAAUUCUGAUGAGUAGAACUGGAUUUGAUGGACAAAAUGCUCCAAUAUGA